AUGUUAUUGUGUCGUGAUGAAUUGCAAAAACAAGUGGCUGAAGGCAGUCUUAGUGUAUUUGGCAAUAAUGAUGUGUUGACCUUGGCUUUGGGUCACGAGCAUCCAGGGAGAGUAAGAGGGUUAGGUGCUGGGAUUUCCCCUAGGCAAUACUUCAAUUUACCUAGACAACAGAGGGUAAAGUUUGCUGAUCAAUUGAAGGAAAGUGUAAGAAUUGUCCUUCAAGAAGAGACUAAGAAGAUGGAAGCUAGAUCAAGGGAAGAGACUUUAAGGAUGGAGGCUAGAACCAAGCAAUUGGUAGAGGCUGAGAGGGAACAUUUUCUGAGUCAGCUUUCCCAACUCAUCCCCAAUUUUGAUCCAAGCAUGCUUAAACCGAAAACUAGCCCCUGUCAAAACCAAGGUCUAGAGCAAAGUCCCAAAAAUCCAAUGUCUGACAAAGCAAGCUGCUCUGGGGCUGAUGUGAGAUCCCUACAUUUAGAGGAUGAUACUGCCAAAAAUGGGGAACAGCAGGAAGAAACGCCUCAGGAGAAGAUCAUGACCUUCAACAUUGAGAAGGAGGUGUUUGGUGCAGAUCGCAGUACCUUCGUCUUGCAUGAAGAUAUUACACAGUUUGUAGGCAUGGAAGAAAUUGGGGCUACUGUGGUUGCAAUAUAUAUGAGGUGCUUAUAUGAUCGUUUGAGAGAAGCAAAUAUGUGCAGCAUGGUUGGCUUUAUCGACCCUGCUCAAGUUAGUGCCAACGCUGGGUCACUAACUGAGAGGUCACGAAUUGUAGCCAGUCGUCUUCAGAAGACAGAUGGUGAACAGAUUUUCAUGAUGCCUUACAAUCCAGGCCGUCAUUGGGUCUUGCUGAUUGUGAGAGCAAAGAGGGAAACCGUCUAUUUUCUGGAUCCUCUACCUGGAAAUUGUGUGGUUGAUGAGGAGGGCAAAAACAUUGUGAACAGUGCUUUAAAAAUUUAUAAUUCCCACAUAGGCAGACCAGGCCGUAAAGCACCAAUUUGGAAAACUCUGCCAGGCACACCAAAGCAACCCAGCAGUGUCGAAUGCGGGUAUUAUGUGAUGCGCUUCAUAUGGGACAUCAUCAUGGAUCCUUCCUUGGAGUUUGAGAAGAAGUUUGCCAAGGGAAAAGAGCAGGCGCCAUACCCCCAAGCAGCCAUUGAUGAAGUCCGGAAUGAAUGGGCAGAUCUUGUUUGCCUUCAUAUGGAGUAG